AUGGUGAUGUCGGCCCUAACGCCGGCUGACCUCCACCUGCGCGUCUAUGUGGCCAGUAUCACAUCAAACCCCGAGACGCGCAAGAACUGCCAGAAAACAGUGAUGCUCCUCGAGGGCCUCCAAGUGCCCUGCGACCUCAUCGACAUCACAAAGCCCGAGCACGCAAAGAGCCGGGCUCUGCUACGCGAGAAGGCGAAUAACGAACGGCAGAAGGUGCCGUUGCCCCCGCAAUUUUUCUACGAUGAAGAAUAUCUGGGGAAUUACAUCGAUUUCGAGGAGGCCGUCGAGCUGGACAAGAUUGCAGAAUUUCUUCGGCUCGUCCCGGAUGAGCGAUGGACGAAAAGUCUAAAAACUGUCAAUUCCUCGGAGAACGCGUGGCAGAGCAGUGCGUCGUCAUCGGAAGCGGAUGAGGAGAGCGAAGACGACGAAGAUGAGGAUGAGGACGAGGACAAGGAUGAGGACGAAGAGGAGGAUGAGGAGGCAGAUGAGGAAGCCGAUGAAGCAGCACUGGAGGGAGACGAGGAAGAAGAUGAAGAGGAGAAAGAGCCAGUAAAAGCGGCAGCGCCUAAGGAGGAGCCAAAGAAGGCAGUCCCGCCGCCGGUGAAGGUGGAAGAAGAAGUGGAGGAUGAGUCAGAAUGGGAGUAUGAGGAUGAGUCUGAAUGGGAAGAUGAAGAAGAAGAAGACGGGCGGAUGACGUUAGCCCAAGUAAUCGCCAUGGCCCAAAAAGAAGAAAAAGAAGCCCGAUUAAAAAAUCUCGGGAAGCGC